GACGGCAUUUUUUCGCGUUUUCCGCAACUUAUUGGGUAUCCGAAUGGCAACGAUUUCGGAUCCUUUAGCGCGUAUUAUUUGGGUGGAUUGCGAGAUGACCGGCCUAGAUGUUAAUACUAAAACAAUCGUGGAAGUGGCAUGCGUGGUCACUGAAGCUGAUUUAACAGUGGUCGAAGACGGGCUGAAUGUAGUGAUAUCACAUCCAGAAAAUGUCUUACAAAGCAUGGAUAGCUGGUGCAAGAAGACAUUUGCUGCAAAUGGACUUCUGAAAGAAAUACAAGCCAGUGAAAUAUCACUGGAGCAGGCUGAACAAGAGAAAUAUAUGCCUACAUUUGCAAGCCACUUACACUAUCGGACGAUUGAUGUAUCAAGCAUUAAAGAGUUAGCAAAACGCUGGUAUCCAGACAUAUAUGCAAAAAGGCCGCGGAAAGCGGAAGCCCAUAGAGCUCUGGAUGAUAUCUGCGAAAGCAUUGAAGAAUUACAGUGGUAUAGGAAAAAUAUAUUUGUGCCUCAUACUUAGAU